AUCAGAGUUACCAUGUUCCUAGUACCCAUGAACAUAGCAUUGAAAGCGUAAACAGUUUUCGGAGAUGGUGACGUGGAAAGGAGCAAAUAUGGCGGCGCCCACUGCAGAGCAACUUAACAGCCACAGCGGUGAAUCUGUUCUACGAAGCACCGUAUCGACUAAUGAUCAAGACUCCAAAACAGAAUCGGUGGAUGGACGUCUCCCCGACUACGUUAUCGACUUGAUACAAAAUGAAAUUGGCUGUGAUCUGAUGUCGUUGAAGAAAGUUAGUGGGGUCCUGGAGAGACUGACAGAUGAAAACAAAUUGCUGGAGGAGCAGGUGCUUACGGUAUCAAGUUCGGUGCCGCUGCGGGUGUCUGCGGCCCUGAGUGCCGCGGAGAAGUCCCGCGUGGCUCUGGAAGGUUUGCUCCAGCGGGAGAGGAUUGUGUCCAACACUCUGAUGCAGCACCUGCAGGCUGCCCAACCAUGGGCAGACAGUCUGGAACAGACCCUGGGACAACUGGACAACACAGAGAGACACAUGAAGUAUUUGCAGUUUCUGGCAGGCAUCGAAGAGCUUAGUGACACCAUCCAGCAGUGCCUGAUGACCAACAGUGUGUGGGAGGCCGUGGGGGCUGUGGGCAACAUGGCACGUCUGGAUGUGGGCCUACAGGAGUCUGGCUGUUCACACCUGCAGGCCUUCCUCAGAGAGACUCUGCGCUUCUGGCAUAAGAUCCUUAAAGACAGACUGGCUGGGGAUUUUGAGGAGCUGCUGACCCAGCUCCACUGGCCGUUCAUCUCCCCUCCCAGCCUGUCUCUCUCCCCCCCUGCCAACGCCCAGGAGCUCCAGAGCCAGCUGGAACUACUGGUGUCACAACUCCUGUCCCUGCAGACCUCGGAUGAUCUAAUUUCAGAGAAGCCAGUCUCUAUUUCUCGUGUCGGGUUGCCCCCGGCAACACCCCUGUCUCUUCCCAUCCAGAUCAUGCUGCUUCCUCUCAGUAAGCGAUUCCGGUACCACUUUACUGGAAACCGCCAAACCAACACACUUAACAAGCCUGAGUGGUACCUGACCCAAAUCCUAAUGUGGAUGGGCAACAGCUCCAAGUUCAUGGAGGAGAAGAUUCAGCCCAUUCUGGACAGAAAUGGGGCUAACGUCAGUGCCAAGGUAGAGUUGUGUCGUGGUCUACUCACCCUGGCCCAGGAGAAGCUGGCGUUGGACGCUUCCCGCCUGCUCUACGACGACGCUCUGUUCUGCCACCUGGUGGAUGAGAUCCUCCAGUUCGAGAGGGAGCUGCGCUGCACCCACUCCUACCCCAGCGGCCUGCCCGGAGCCCUGGACGUGCUGCUCCAGGAGGCCGUGCUCCAGAAGUGGGUCGCGGUGGAGAGGAAAAUGGCAGUGGAGAAGGUGGACGCCAUGUUGUCUGCUGAGGGGGCGUGGAACUCCCAGUACAGAGACAUCAGUGACAUGGACGAACUGAAGACCCCUGACUGUGCUGAGACCUUCAUGACCUUAGUACUGGUCAUCACCGACCGUUAUCGUGGCCUUCCCUGCCCGCGGGCCCAGCUGAGUUUCCUGGCCCUGCAGAGGGAGCUGGUCGACGACUUCCGUAUUCGCCUCACCCAGGUCAUGAAGGAAGAGUCCCGCAACCCGCUGGGGCCCAAGUACUGUGCCAUCCUCAACGCCGUCUACUACAUUUCCACUGUGCUUGGAGACUGGGGAGACAAUGUGUUCUUCCUGCAGCUGCAACAGUCAGCAGUGGCCCUCGGGGAGGAGGAGCUGUUGGGGCCCCUGGGGGUCACGGAGACCGGCCGCCUGGCCUCUCUUGAGGGGUCUGUGUUUGAGGGGCUCCUUGGGCUCCUGGAGAGGCUGGGAGGGGACAUGCUGGGCCGGCUGCUGGAGGCUGUCAUAAGGGACGUCAGAGAGAAAGCCCAGGCAUACAGCAAGGACAGGUGGCUGUCCCUGCCCUCCCAGUGCGACCAGGCCACCAUGUCCCUCUCCAGCUCGGCCUGCCCGUUGAUGCUGUGCGUCAGAGACCAGCUGCUCCAGCUGCAGCAGAUGCUGUGUCAGCCUCUCUUCCAGACGGCCUGGCAGGGCCUGGCUGAGCGGCUGGACCUGUUCCUCUACCAGGAUGUGAUCUUAUACAACCACUUCAACGAGGGGGGUGCCGCCCAGCUCCAGUUUGACAUGACCAGAAACCUCUUUCCUCUGUUCGGUCACUACUGCAAGAGACCAGAGAACUUCUUCAAGCAUGUCAAAGAGGCUUGCAUCAUCCUGUGCCUGAACGUGGGAUCGGCCCUGCUGCUGAGGGACUUGCUGAAGCAGAAUCAGGAAGACGUGGAACCAGGGACCCCAGAGGGGCAGCAGCCCAGCCCCACGUCGACCCUCAACGAGCUGGGCGUCUUCCGGCUGGCCCCCAGCGAUGUCCUCAUCUUGCUCAACCUCAGGGCCUCCUGGCCGGGACAGUGAAGGCACUGGGAGGGAAGGCUGCCUGAUGCCCACAUCGGUUUUUGAACUUCUGUGGUCUUUGUGAUGCUAGUCGCCUAAGGAAGGGAGCCAGGAUCAAAGCAACAUGAACAGACUUGUGACCAGGGGUAGAAUGGGCUUCAGUAAUAAAAAAAAAAAAAAUUAAAUGACACCAUAUCCGAACACCCUGAACUAGACCUCUAUAAAUAUGUACCCAGUGACAUAUUUCCUGUCCUUUUCUGUUUAAUCCCAGUUUUUUUAUUUUUAUUUACUUGUCUACAACUUUUACUUGUUUCAUAUGAUUUCGCCACACCUGGGCUCAGCGCGAGGGAGAACUCAACCAAAGCCAAAUGGAUAUAUUGUAAAUGAAGAAACAUGAUCCAUGUAGAUUAUUUUAUUUGUCUAUUGACCGACAGUGCAGACUGCUCUCUCUUGGGGGAAGAGAUCUAGUGGUAACAAUAAAUUACAAAGUUUGGAUGGCCA